UCAGCCAAAGGCUUUGAGAUUUUCAUUUAGGUGUAUGUUCUCAGAGCAGGUUUGACUGGAUUUUUAUUCAUAUGCAAUGACAGUCUGAGGCGAGGAGCCGUGUUCACCUUCAGCAUAGCUCUGGCCUUGUUCACGGGCAGGGAGCCUGGAGUCUAUCCCAGGGGACUCGGAGCACAAGACAGGGGACAUCCAGACAGGGGGCCAACCCACUACAUGGCUCUCUCUCUCUCUGUCUCUCUCUCUCUCUCUCUCUCUCUCUCUCCAUAACAUCCACCAAACAAGUUCAUUCCUAUUAUCAAUUAUGUUGAUUUAUGAUAAGUUAUUAAUAGUCGUUCUCUCACAGCCCCUCUUUUUAGUCUCUUUCGUACAGUUAAUAAGGCAAAACAUGCAGCUCAUGUCAUGUUACUGAGAAACCGUGAAGCCAUCUGUCUCAAAGUGAUUUUCAUGAGGAAGUUUCAUAUGGAAAUCUGUUCCAGUACACUGGAAACUUAAAGCAAGCUUUCAUCCAUCUCAGCUCACAAAACAGUAACUGGUGUCUAUAGUGGCUGAACAGCAGGGGAAAUACUUUACAGAGUGACAAAUCUGUCCUGUUUUCUAUGACUCCUGGAUGAUGACUUCACCUUUUCUGUUAAACCGCUUCACAAAGACAUGCUCAUGUGGGUUCGGAUCAUAUACCUACAGAGCCUCUGAAGUGAAAUGAUGGUUAUUUUUUCAAUAAAGCGGCCACAAAUGAAUGUAUCAAGGCCAUAAGGAAAUAUUUGAGGCCAAAUUAUGAUGACUGACUGGACCAAAACAAAAGUCUGUUGAGAAUUUGCACAGCUAAUGAUAUCACUACAUCCAUAUCUCCAGUCUUGUUCCAAGAUUUAAGUAUGCAUUUCUUUCAUUUUCUCUUUCUCAUUCGUUGCGCAGCAUGCAAAAGUUUGUGCACCCCAGCUGAUUUUUUGAAACGUCUGCAGUUAUUUAUAAAAAGGAAAUAUCAUUUUAAUGCAUAUUUUAGUACACAGAUACUUUAUUAAAUGAAUAUAAAAAAAUAUGUGGGGGAAAAAAAAUGAUUGCAACUGUGGUGUAUACAAAAUUUUGUGCUCAGAAUUUAGUCUAAUUUAUCUUAUUAUGCCUUAAUUGACUCAUUAGGAAUCAUUGUGCCUCAUUAGGCAAGAGGCUCAAGAAUUGUCAUUAGAAAGACCAAAUUCGGAGCAAAAUAAAAUCUUGGGCUUACUUAGCCGCACUGAUCAUGAUCUGCAUGGAAGAGUAAUCAGAAGGAAACCUUACUUGCUUCCAAAUCUUUAGGAAUUAUCCUCACAAUCCCCUGAUUUGAACAUCGGAAAGUCUUAGACCUCUCGAAGACUAGGCAGAGUGUGUGAAAAUACGCUUUUGAUGCAGAGCGAAAAGUCAUUGGGAUAGGGGUGCCUAAACUUUUGCAUACAACUAUUGAAAAUUAAGGAAUAAGGAAUUUUAUGGAUUUUUGUUUUAAAAACAGCAUAUAAAGUAGUUUACCUGUCAUCUUCUUUAUUGUCUAUGCCUCUUCUUGCCUCUUCCCUCUCUGAAAUCUUCAUUGUGUUUUGUCGUCCGGAGCCACAUAUAUAACUGUUUUCGAAAGUAAUAGUAUAUUUUGAAGAAUAAGUGUUGUGUGGAAAGUUUUUGGAAAGAAGUGGAAAAUGUGUUCAAAGCAGCGACAGUGUUUAUACUUGUCAAAGAAACUUGUAUUUACAUGCAAUCCAAUUUGCAAACACAUUUGAAAUGAACUAAUGUGCCAAGCUGUGUGUUUGUACUAGAGGUGUUACUUAAUAGAAUUAUUAUUAUUAUUCCGAACAAACAGACAAUAAUCUUCUAUACAGUCGUGAAUUUUGCACGUGGUUGAGGCUAGGGCAUCUGAACAAAAGAAAAGACAAUGGUGUAUUACAUCAUCCUUGGUAAUCGCCUGGUCAAGGACAGGAUGGUUUACGGUUUUUCCUACUAAUUUGUUUAUUUUUUGGAAAAUAGAACAGAAUUCAUUUGAGAAUAUCAGACAGGAACAAAUUGGUGUGGCUGCAGGUUGUCAGUCUAAUCAACAGGAGACCGGUUUAAUCAGUGGGCUUUAAAUAGACCGGAUAAGGUGUGGCUAUUGCUUGGUUGGAAUGAAUACCUGCACCCACAAUGAGCCUUUCCGGGUAUUGACACAGAUUGGGGAUGAACUGGUCAGCACUGCAGAGCCUCCUCAGUGGAGUGAACCAAUACUCCACUGCUUUUGGUCGUGUUUGGCUGUCUAUGGUGUUUGUGUUCAGAGUGUUGGUGUUUGUCGUAGCAGCACAGCGCGUUUGGGGCGACGAUAGCAAAGACUUUGUGUGCAACACAAGGCAGCCUGGCUGCACCAACGUGUGCUACGACAGCAUCUUUCCCAUCUCCCACAUCCGCCUCUGGGCUUUGCAGCUUAUCUUCGUCACCUGCCCAUCCCUCUUGGUGGUGGCUCACGUCAAAUUGAGAGAAGAGAAGGAUAAAAAGUACAUGAAACACCAUGAGGGUGAACAUCUGUACCCCCACCCAGGAAAAAGGCGUGGAGGGCUUUGGUGGACAUACAUGCUCAGCCUUUUGUUCAAAGUGGGAUUCGAUUGCACCUUCCUUUACAUCCUGCACUACAUCUAUAACGGCUUUGACAUGCCACGUCUCUCCAAGUGCUCACUGCCGCCGUGUCCGAACACGGUGGACUGUUUCAUCUCACGGCCUACAGAAAAGAAGAUCUUCACCAUCUUUAUGGUGGCUACGUCUGCAUUUUGCAUCCUGAUGUGCGUGUGCGAAAUGUGCUAUUUAAUUGGAAAGAAAAUAUACAAACGCAUACUCAAGCAAAAGAUUCCUGAAAGGGCGCAUUAUGAGCACCACGAUGUUACAGAUCAUGCAAAUCACGGACCGAAACAUAGGAUAGAUCCUACACUCAUCAGUGUGGAAAACCUCACUCUGUUAAAACAAACGGAGACAUCCCCUGAAAAAAGUGUCAUUUAAUGAGGGGUCAUUGUCCUCCUGAACUGUAAAUCUAUUCAAUGAACCUCAAUGAAUGAGUCGCUGAAUUUUAAGCCUGUGUUGAAUAUACAUAAAUUUGGAUAAGAGUGAUGAACACAUUAGGGGAGAAUUGGUUCACCAUUUAAAUCACAUAAUUUGAUGAGAAGAGAUCUUGAAAUUAAAGCAUUUUUACUAGGCAAAUAAUUCAUCACAAGAUUCAAAGUUAAAGAACCGAGAACUUUCUGUAACCUUUGAGUCUUGGGAAGUAUUGUUAGACUGGUUAUUUCCAAUGCAUUCAUGACUCAUGACUCACUCAUGUGAUUCAUUCAGUUCGUCAUUUGUCAUUGGGGUUCGUCAUUUGCGAUCAUAUUACUGCUGUUUCCGCAAUCAUAAAAUAACUGAAAGGAUACAACUUUUCUAAUGUUGCUGAUCACCCUGGAUACCGUCUCCGUCCAGUCUGAACGAUUUCACCAUGAAGAACGGACUAAAAAAAUCAAGACAAUUUGGAUCCAGGUG